AUGAGGGAGGAGCUAGAACCUAUUCAAGAGUGGAUGGACCGAAUAGAAAAAUCUCAUACUUCGACAAAAUCCAGUCGUCAUAGACUUACUCUCUCGGAGUCGGGUAAUUCUAAUGAGGAAGAAGAGGGGUUUGAGAGGCAUUCUAAAGCUGACCUGCGUAACCCUAAGCGUGGAGAUGAUGUCAUUAAGGAUGUGAAACUCAAAAUUCCUACAUUCCAAGGGAAAUCUGAUCCCAAAACUUAUUUGGAGUGGGAGAGGAAGAUCGAGAUGGUUUUUGAAUGUCAUAGUUACACGGAGGAGCAGAAAGUAAAACUUGCAGCCGUGGCGUUCAAUGACUAUGCAUCGGUAUGGUGGGAUCAACUACGCCUUAGUCAUAGAAGGAAUCGUGAGAGGACUGUAGAGACUUGGGAGGAGUUACGAAGAUUGAUGAGAAAGAGAUUUAUGCCUAACUAUUAUCAUCGGGAAUUGCACGAUCGAUUACAAGCUCUUACUCAAGGCAAUAUCUCCGUAGAAGAUUAUUUCAAGGAGAUGGAGACGGCCAUGAUAAGAGCUGAUGUGCAAGAUAAUUUAGAAGCAAUCAUGGCGAGCUUUUUGCGUGGAUUAAAACCAAAAAUAGUUAAGAUACAACCGGGAGGGGCCGUUAUUCGUUGGAGCCCGUCUAACCGUCUCCGACGGUGCGCGUGUAAGGAGAAGUAUGCCUACCCGAACGCCCUCGUGUUUGCUCUGGAUAAGGAGCGUAAGGUGUUGGCUAGAGAGAAUGCUCGACUUGAGGUCGAUGCAAUCCAGGGUAGAGCGACUAACGAGAAGCAAGCUGCACGUAUUAAAGAGCUAGAAUACGACGUGCUUGAGGCCGAGGAUAGAGUUGACGACCUCUGCGCUCAAUUAAGGGAGGCACGAGAGCGCGAGAUUAAGCGAGCUCGUAAGGUCAGGGGUCGCGCUGAGUCGAUCCUUAAUCUGUGUGACGACGGCCUUGAGGAGUAUAGUGAUGAAGCUUCGUCUGCAGGUGGAGCUUUAAUGGGAAAAACACCCCAAGAAGCUCAUAAUUUGAUAGAAGAAAUGGCAGCAAAUAACUAUCAAUGGGCCAAUGAGAGAGGUAAUACAAGACGUCACGCAGGUAUGAUAGAAAUGGACACUCUCAAUAUGCUGAGUGUUCAAAUGAAUAAUGUGAUGAAAUUGCUAAGUAGACAAGGUCCAAGUUCAUCUAAUGCACAUGUAGCAUGCUGUUCUGUAUGUGGAGGUGAACAUGAUACUAAUGAGUGUGUCGAUUCUGAACAGGUACAAUUCGUCAAUAAUUACAAUCGUAAUGCUCAAAAUAACCCCUACUCGAAUACUUACAAUCCGGGAUGGAGAAAUCAUCCAAACUUCGGAUGGAAGGAUCAAGGAAAUCAACAAAGGCCAACCAAUCCGCCGGGAUUUCAACCAAGGCAACCACAGGCUGAAACUAAACCAAGUUGGGAGAUCGCGGUGGAAAAACUUGCUAAGGUGACUUCGGACAGAUUUGAACGAGUAGAAGGGAGACUGGAUCAACUCACUACAAUGUACAGGAAUGUAGAGGUCCAAAUUGGUCAAAUUGCUAGUUCUUUGAAUAAUCGAAAUCAAGGAGAAUUACCUAGUAAAACAGAGGUCAAUCCUAAGGAGCAGGUGCAAGCCAUUACUCUUCGUAGUGGUAGACAAUUAGAAGAUCCUCCAGUGAAGGAAGUUGAGAAAGAUGAGAAUGAAAAACAAGAAGAAAAGCAGAGGAACCAAGAGGCGAUUGUGGAGGAAAAUAGGCGGGAGAAUCCAAGAGAAAAGCAACCAUCAUCUUCCACUACCAUUCCAAUACCCCCUGCGGUUCCAUUUCCACAAAGAUUAAAGCAAAAUAAGUUUGAUAAAGAUUUUGAAAAAUUUGUUAAACUUUUCAAACAAUUGCACAUUAACAUUCCUUUUGCCGAUGCUAUUUUGCAGAUUCCAUCUUAUGCGAAAUUUCUCAAGGAAAUCAUGACUAGAAAAAGAAAGUUGGAAGACUGCGAAACAAUAGCAUUAACGGAGGAAUGUAGUAACGGUUGCAAACCAGUGGUGGAAACACAAAGAAGACUCAAUCCAAACAUGAAAGAGGUGGUAAGAAAUGAAAUUCUUAAAUGGCUUGACGCAGGUAUAGUUUUUCCUAUCUCCGAUAGUGUUUGGAUUAGUCCAAUUCAUGUGGUACCAAAGAAAGGUGGAAUGACUACAAUCGUGGGUAAAAAUGAUGAAUUAAUUCCAUCUAGACUUGUGGUAGGGUGGAGAGUGUGUAUCGAUUAUCGUAAGUUAAAUACGGUAACAAGAAAAGAUCAUUUUCCCCUACCAUUUCUUGAUCAAUUAUUGGAGCGAAUAGCCGGAUAUGAAUUUUACUGUUUUCUUGAUGGUUUUUCAGGAUAUAAUCAAAUAGCUAUAGCUCCAGAGGAUCAAGAGAAAACCACAUUUACAUGUCCUUAUGGCACUUUUGCCUUUAGAAGAAUGCCAUUUGGGUUAUGCAAUGCUCCCGCAACUUUUCAACGAUGCAUGAUGGCUAUUUUUUCUGAUUAUAUUGAGAAAAUUAUGGAGAUAUUUAUGGAUGAUUUUUCUGUGUAUGGUUCAUCUUUUGAUCAGUGUCUUCAUAAUUUGGAAUUGAUUUUGCAGAGAUGCGAGGAAACAAAUCUUGUACUGAAUUGGGAGAAAUGUCAUUUUAUGGUAAAAGAAGGAAUUGUUUUAGGACACAAGAUUUCCUCCAAGGGAAUUGAGGUGGAUCAAGCCAAAAUAGAAGUCAUCGAAAAAUUGCCACCCCCAAGCAAUGUCAAGGGGAUAAGGAGUUUUUUAGGACAUGCUAGCUUUUAUAGACGUUUUAUUAAAGAUUUUUCUAAAAUAGUAAAGCCAUUAUGUGAUUUAUUAUGUAAAGAUACUCCUUUUCAAUUUGAUGACAAUUGUUUGGUUGCAUUUGAAAGGUUGAAGAAGGAAUUGAUUUCGGCCCCAAUUAUAACUUCGCCUGAUUGGUCACUACCAUUUGAAUUGAUGUGUGAUGCAAGUGAUUAUGCGGUUGGAGCAGUUUUGGGACAAAAGAAAGAAGGACGGUUGCACGUCAUUUACUAUGCUAGCAAGUUGCUAAAUGAAGCACAACUCAAUUAUGCAACCACAGAAAAAGAGCUAUUGGCAGUGAUAUUUGCUUUGGAUAAAUUUAGAUCUUAUCUAGUAGGAUCUAAAGUUAUUAUAUAUACGGACCAUGCGGCUCUUAAAUAUUUGUUACAUAAAAAAGAUGCAAAACCAAGACUAAUUCGGUGGAUUCUUUUAUUGCAGGAAUUUGAUGUGGAAAUAAAAGACAAAAAGGGAACAGAGAAUCUAGUAGCGGAUCAUCUAUCACGCCUAGAAUAUAUUCCAGUCAAGGAUCAAGUUCCUAUUCACGAGAAUUUCCCGGAUGAGUUUGUCCUAGCAAUUAUCAAUUCUCCAUGGUAUGCUGAUAUUGCUAAUUUUUUGGUAAGUGGAGAGAUUCCAAAGGGAAUUAAUUACCAUCAAAAGAAGAAAUUCUUACAUGAUGUCAAAAGUUACUUUUGGGAGGAACCAUUGCUGUAUAAACAUUGUGCCGAUGGUAUGGUACGUAGAUGUAUUCCCGAAAACGAGACAUCACUCCCGUACCAUCCUCAAGCCAAUGGACAAGCGGAGCUAGCUAAUCGUGAGAUAAAGCUCAUUUUGGAGAAAACUGUGAAUAAAUCACGCAAGGAUUGGGCUACAAAGCUAGAUGACACACUAUGGGCUUACCGAACGGCAUUUAAGACUCCCUUAGGGAUGUCGCCGUAUCGUUUAGUCUAUGGAAAAGCUUGUCACUUACCUGUAGAGAUUGAACAUAAAGCUUAUUGGGCUAUUAAAGCAAUUAAUAUAGAUUUUAAUCUUGCAGGUGGAAGGAGAUUACUUGAGUUGAGUGAAUUGGAGGAACACCGGUUACAUGCAUAUGAAAAUGCCAAAAUUUACAAAGAAAAGAUCAAAUAUUGGCAUGACAAGCACAUUAUUCCUAAACAAUUUCAGGUAGGGCAAAAAGUGCUUUUAUUCAAUUCACGCCUGAGGUUAUUUCCAGGAAAAUUGAAGUCAAGGUGGUCUGGACCAUUUGAAGUCACUCAAGUAUUUCCCUAUGGAGCGGUUGAAGUGGCAAAUUCAAGAAAUGAAAGGUUUAAGGUCAAUGGACAACGAGUGAAACCCUACUUGGCAGGUGAAAUCGUACCCAAAGGACUCAUAUGUCUUUUGGGCGACUCUUCUUCAAAUUAA